UUAACAAUGACGUUUCGUUAUUCGUACACGUUAACUCCUUAUGAUUUUUAAGCAUCAAGAUAUUGAUUUUGAUAUUCUCAUUUUUAAGCUUAAAAAUGAGUGAUGUUAAAUGGAAAUCGUCGAAACAACGGGGACCAUGGUCGAUAACGAACCAAAAUCAGGCGAAAAAAUCCGCGGAUAAUCAUAACCUGAAAAAAUCCGAACUAAAAUUUAAAGAGGCUACAACAAAAUUUCAAGCGGCCGCUGAAAAACACGCGAAAGAUUACGAUUCUUCAUCAGAAGAGGAAGAUUUGGAAUCAAAAAAUGUUAUAGAUGGCAUCUUUAAAUUUUACACCCAAAAAGGUCAAGAAAUUGAAAAUUUGGGGAGGACUAAAGGAUAUGUUGAAGAUUCAUUUAUAUCGGGGGCAAUUACCUGUCUUAUUUGCAUAUCCAGUGUGAAACGAAACGAUGAGAUUUGGAAUUGUUCCGAAUGUUACUGCUCAUUUCAUCUUGAAUGUAUACAACGUUGGUCAAAAGAUAGUAUUGUUCAAAAGAAAAACGUUUUAGAAGGUCAAAUAAUAACUAAACAAAUAAAAUUAGUAUGGUGUUGCCCAAAAUGUCGACGUGAAUAUCUCCCAGAAGACACCCCAACACACUACACAUGUUUCUGUACGAAAACGAUCAAUCCAAAAUUUCAAUCACUUCUAAUUCCACAUUCUUGCGGGGAAAAAUGCGGAAAACAACUCAAACCGAUUUGUGGGCAUGAAUGUUUAUUGUUAUGCCACCCCGGACCAUGUCCACCAUGCCCAAUAACAAUCUCAUCAAAGUGUUAUUGUGGAUCAAAUCCUCCAAAAUUACAAAGAUGUUGCAAUAAAGAAUGGUCCUGUGGAUCGAAAUGUAAUAAAUUAUUAACCUGCGAUAAACACAAAUGUUCGGAAUUAUGUCACGCUGGAGAUUGUAAACCAUGCCCAAAAAAAAGUAUACAAAAAUGUCUUUGUGGAACAUCGCAAAAAUUGAGGGAUUGUUCAACUCCAAUUUGGCAAUGCGAGAAAAUCUGUAAUAAAGCGUUAACUUGUGGAUUUCAUAGUUGCCCGGAAAUAUGUCAUUUUGGUGAUUGUGGCGAAUGUGAAUUGUCGAAAGUUAGGACGUGUCCUUGUGGAAAAUCGAAUUAUAAUUUACCAUGUACUGAAGAAACUCCUACUUGUGAAGAUACUUGUGGGAAAUUGUUGGAAUGCGAACAACAUUUUUGUAAUUAUAAAUGUCAUAAAGAUAAAUGUGGAUCUUGUGUUGAGAUAGUAAUUAAAUCUUGUCGAUGCGGAUUACAUACCAAAGAAAUUCCAUGCAAAAAGAGAUAUUUAUGUGAAACUAAAUGUAAGCAAAUGAAGGAUUGUAAUAAACAUCCAUGUAAUCGAAAGUGCUGCGAUGGAAAUUGUCCCCCUUGCGAAAAACCUUGUGGUAGAACGCUAAGUUGUGGAAACCAUAAAUGCGGUUCGGUUUGCCACAGAGGACCAUGUUAUCCAUGCCAAUUAACCGAAAAAGUUUUUUGUCGCUGUAACGAAACGUUUAUUACUGUUUCUUGUGGACGAAAACACAAAACAAGACCGCCGAGAUGCAACAAACUUUGCCAAAUUCCACCUGAUUGUCACCAUGUGAAACGAAAUGAACAUAAAUGUCAUUUUGGUGAUUGUCCGCCUUGUCGUCAAAUUUGUGACAAACAACAUAAUUGCGGACAUAAAUGUCCUAAAAUUUGUCAUUCCGCCGUUUUGGUAACGCUAGAAAGUAAAAAAGCAUCGAUGCCUUGGGAACAAACCGCACCCCAAGUUGAAAUGCAAGCGUUACCAUGUCCAGAUUGUAAAGUUCCUGUUCCAAUAACGUGUUUAGGCGAGCACGAAACUGCUGAUUGGCCAUGUUCCAUCGCGAGACCAUCAAGUUGUGGGAGACCAUGUGGAAGAUUAUUAUCUUGUGGGAAUCAUACAUGUACAAAAUCUUGUCAUACUAUUUUAAAUGCACCAGAUAAAAUUAAUGCUGGUGAAGAUUGCGAGAACUGUUACAAUCCUUGUACUAAAACUCGUCCUGAGGGGUGCUCACACACAUGUCCAAAACCAUGUCAUCCAGGAAAUUGUCCACCUUGUAAUCAAAUGUUUAGAGUAAAAUGUCAUUGUGGUCUUAAUCAACCUUACGUGGCUUGUAAAGAAUGGAUUAUUGAGGAAAAUAAGGAAAAGUUACAAAGUUGUGGUGAUCAAUGUCCUAAUAAUUAUCCUUGCGGUCAUCGUUGUCGUUCAAAUUGUCAUCCAGGUCCUUGCGUUAACAGCGAAUUGUGCAAGAAAAAAAUUAAAGUAACCUGUCCAUGUAAACGAAUUAAAAAGGAAUUUUCUUGCGAGAAUGUUCGAAAUGGUUCCGCCGUGGUUAAUUGCGACGACGUUUGUAAUGAGAAGAAAGCCGAAGCUGAGCAGUUAAAAGCGACGGAAAUCGAGCAAAUGAAAAAAGAGGAAGCUAUAAAAAAUCGAAAAGAAUUAGAAAAAUACGAGAAAAUGUUUCAUGGGAAAAAGAAGUAUAAAGAAAAAAAGGUGCGAAAUGAAAUCGAUGAAAGAGGAUUUUUUAGUCGAUUUGGGAUUCAUAUUUUUGGGGUUUUAGUAGGUUUAAUUGCGUGUUUUUAUAUGUUUGUAAUAUUAAAAUAAAUUAAUUUAUUUUAAAAUUAUAUUUAUUUAAA